GAAUUUCUCCCUCUCCCUCUCUCUCUCUCUCUCUCUCUCUAAACCUUCAAGGAUGUUUGUUUGUUUUGUAGAACACAAAAUUCCUUCCUUUUCCCCCUAUCUCUCUAACCUAAUUUUUCUCUUUCUUUUAAAACUUUUACUUAACCCCCUUUCACUUUCUGACUCAUCAAUUUUCUCAUCCAUACCAAAAGGAAAAAAAAAAAAAAAAAAAAGCAAAGAAAGAAAAAAACCACUCCUUUUCUCUCUUGUGUGUUCUUAUUGUUCUUGUUCUUACUUCUUUGAUUUACUCUGAAAACAAAGAACUAAACAAAACCCACUUCAAAAAGCUUCAUCUUUUAAAUCCCCGGCCGUCACUUCCUCUUUGCUAUUUUGCAAAAAUUCCUCUACUUUCCUACAUAAAGACUAGAUCUUUACUUGCCUUUUCUUCUUCAAAAAUUGUAAAUACUCCCCCCCAAAAAAAAAAAAUGUUGGAGAAAAGCACUAUUGUUCCUGAUCUAUCUCUUCAAAUUAGCCCUCCAAAAUCUAAUCAAUCUCUUUCAUUUGAUAUUUGGCCGCAACAAAUGCAAGUACAGCAAGUCGACACCGAGCUCUCUCUGUCUAAUAAUUCAACGUCGGCGAUCGACGUUUCGACGGAUCGGUUCCGACCCAUUAGAGGAAUUCCAGUUUACAAUAAUGGGUUGUUGUCUUCUUCAAGGUAUUUCAACCGAAACCAACAACCGACAACGUCGUCGACGUCGCCACCACCGUGUUUGAGUUUUAGGGCAUUUCAACAACAACAAGAGGCAGUAGGGAGGUAUAAUGGGAUAACAAUGGAGGGUUUGAGAAACCAAGAGCAGAAUUUUAAUCAUCAAAAUCAGAAUCAUCAGUUUGUUUUUCAAAAUCAACAAAGUCUUCAUUUUGGGGUUUCGGAUUUUUCAAGUAAUUAUAGUAAUAAUAGAUCGAGAUUGUUGAUGCCAAGGAUUCAAAGUCGAAGAAAUGCUAGGGCUCCAAGGAUGCGUUGGACUUCUUCUCUUCAUGCUCGUUUCAUUCGUGCUGUCGAACUUCUUGGUGGCCAUGAAAGGGCAACUCCAAAAUCAGUGCUGGAGCUAAUGGAUGUGAAGGAUCUCACUCUAGCUCAUGUGAAGAGCCAUUUACAGAUGUAUCGUACGGUUAAAAACACCGACAAACAAACAGCUUCUUCAGAAGGGUCUGGGGAAGAAGAUUUCUUGCCUGCUACACCAACCCCACAUCAUGAAGCUAACUGUUUGCUCAAUCAUAGAAGAAAUUUUACUAAUAAUCCAUCGUCUUUGGAUCAUCCUCUUCCUCAUCUUAAUAAUGGAAUUUCAACUCCUUCGUCCAUUAAUAACCACAGUAACUCUUCAAGAAGAGCAUGGGAGCAAGGCUCUCCAGGAAAUGCUAAUGUAUUUGGAUCAGAAAAUCAAUCAGAGGAAUGCUAUGAGUUAGGUCAUCCAAACAGUUUGAUGGGAUUGAAUCUAAACUUGAACAGUCCAAGCAAGGAGAUAUCAAUGAAACACAAUUGGCACAACUAAAAAAGAAAACCCCCCAUUUAAUUUCUUUCCAUAUAUAUCACUAUUAGCUAUAUGAAAAUAUCAAUAUAUAUAUAUAUGAGUUAAAUAUAAAAAAAAAAUCAUGUUAAUUAAAUAUAAAAGAUAAUAUAUAUAUAUAUGUAUAUAGUUGUUGAAGAUGCAUAUUAUUUUUAAUCUAUAUUAUUUCUUUGUUCCUUAAACAUAUUUUGCCCAA